AUGAGCACGAAAGUCCCCAUCUGCCGACCACCUCACAGUGUGGCGGAGGUCCUGGCUUUGGAAAAGGCCUCUUCUCGUUUUUCUUUGACUCCCUCACUUCUUCAUCUAUAUGCCAUUCUCGUCCCAGCUUGCCUCGUUGUAUGUGCCACCAACGGCUACGACGGCAGCGUGCUUUCCGGUCUCCAAGGAGUUGAAUCUUGGAGAAAUCAAUUCGGUUCGCCGGCGGGUGCGUUGUUGGGUAUUACCAGCGCGUCUUAUCCCCUUGGUGCUAUAUUUUCCACUCCAUUCUCCGCUUGGAUAUCGGAUUCGUUCGGACGUCGUUGGUCGAUCAUAAUUGGAAGCUCUGUCAUGAUCAUUGGUGUCAUCAUGCAAUGCGUGAGCACUAGCAUAGGCCUAUUCAUCGGAGGUCGGGUCAUUGUUGGAUUUGGGAUCACGUUUGCCCUCGCUGCAGCACCAGUUCUGAUUUCUGAGCUCGCACAUCCACGACACAGAGUCUUCUUUGGCUCUUUAUACAACACCAGCUUUUACCUGGGUGCAUUGUUGGCCGGUUGGGUUUCGUUUGGAAGCUAUCAAAUCACCAGCCCAUGGGCAUGGCGCCUUCCAACCAUCCUUCAGGCAGGACCGGCAUGUUUUCAGAUCAUUUUUGUUUGGUUUCUGGACGAGUCCCCACGGUGGCUGGCAUUCAAAGAUAGAGGUGAUGAGGCAUACAAAGUUCUAGUCAAAAAUCACGGAAAUGGCGACUGGAAUAGUCCUCUUGCCCAAGCUGAGUUUUGGGAAAUGAACGAGACUCUCAAAGCCGAGCGUGGCAUACGCAGCCAAGGCCUCAAGCUCUUCAUCGCGACACCCUCAAACCGCAAGCGCCUUGCCAUUUUGGUCUCGCUUGCAAUUUUUGGUCAAUGGAGCGGGAACGGUCUCGUGUCUUAUUACCUGACAAAAAUUCUCCAAAGCAUUGGCAUCUCUUCUCAACACGAUCAGACAAUGCUUAAUGGAACAAUCAGUACUGUUAAUUACGCCACCUCUCUCUUUGCCGCUGUGCUGGCCACAAAGAUUGGUCGCCGGCCAAUGUUCAUUGGUGGCGGCAUUGCAAUGUUCAUAAGUUUCUCGGCUCUGACUGCAAGCCUUGCCGUCUACGAGGAGACUGGGUCAAAGGCUGCUAGCAAAUCAGCUCUUGGGUUUAUUUUCAUCUACUACACCUGCUUCAAUGUCUGCCUCAACCCUCUUUUGUUCCUCUACCCUACUGAAAUCUUACCUUUCCGACUACGCGCGAUGGGUCUCAGUAUUUUGGUCUUUGUCACCAAGGCAGCCUCCUUUUUUAACCAGUUCAUCAACCCAAUCGGUAUGGACUCUCUUGGGUGGAAGUACUACCUGGUCUAUGUGGCAUGGCUGGUGGUUGAGAUCACUAUUUUCUGGUUUUUAUACCCUGAAACGCAGGGCUAUACACUGGAGAGAAUCCAGGAGGCAUUUGGGGAGGAUAUCAAGUUGGAUGGACCGGAGGAAAAGGGAGGCAUCGAAGUUAGUGAAGUGACGCAUCCUGAAAAAUCACUUGAGGAUGCCACCUUUGAAUCGACAAAGGGCACUCGGGGCACGAGCGUUGAUUAG